CCCAAAUCUCCAACCUGGUAGCAAAUUAGCAUGGUUCAGUUUACCCCUUAUCUAUACACUUGAAUCAAAUAAACAUGCAAACAUGGCAUUCAAGCUUGCCGCUGCAGGCAAUGGCAUAUCUGAUAGCAAUAUGCAGUAUGAACACCAUUGAAUAACUGAAAGCAAUAGUCUUGGGUCACCUUACGUGGCACCUAGUGUCCUGAAAAAAAGCAAAGAAACGCAAAGGCCCACUUGCGGGAGAGGCAGGGAAGCGACCAUGGCACGUCGUUCUGGAGGGAGGCGACCAUGGCAUGGGAUGGCGGCGGCUGAGCGCAGCGCCGGCGCUCGGGAAGACGGCGGACCAUGGAGGCGCGCGGAGCGAGGCGGAGACGCACGGAUCUGGUCGCGUGGCGCCGGCGCUCGGGAAGACGGCGAACCAUGGAGGCGCGCGGAGCGAGGCGGAGACGCACGGAUCUGGUCGCGUGGCGCCGGCGCUCGGGAAGACGGCGGACCAUGGAGGCGCGCGGAGCGAGGCGGAGACGCACGGAUCUGGUCGCGUGGCGCCGGCGCUCGGGAAGACGGCGGACCAUGGAGGCGCGCGGAGCGAGGCGGAGACGCGCGGAUCUGGUCGCGUGGCGCCGGCGCUCGGGAAGACGGCGAACCAUGGAGGUGCGCGGAGCGAGGCGGAGACACACGGAUCUGGUCGCGUGGCGCCGGCGCUCGGGAAGACGGCGGACCAUGGAGGCACGCGGAGCAAGGUGGAGACGCACGGAUAG